AAAAAAUUGAAGAUAACUUUGACAUAUUUGGAAAAAGCAUAGCGUUUCAAUUACGAACUAUUGACAUUCAUAUGGACAAGAACAAAUAAAAGUUAUCAAGGGAUUUCAAUCGGGCAAACCGUACAAAUCUCCUUUUGCUUGGUUUCCUGUAAUAGCUGGGAUGUUAACAAAGGUGAUUGAUGAAGAAGACAAGCUACAGAACAGAAUGGAAUCAGUAGAAACAAUAUCUCCUUUAAAAGACUGUGUUACAAAACCAUACGACAAAUAUAAAAGUGCAUCUAAUUUUCCUUGUAUGCAAGGAACAAAGCAAGAUUAUAAGACAAAACCAAGAAAAAACACUAAAUUUACAAAAACAGGUAAAGAAGUAUUUAAGAAAUAAUCAUUUCUGUUUUAAACUUGCGGUUAUUAAAUAUUCAAUUUAUUUAUUGCAUUCAAACACUACAUAUAUGCCAGAGAAUCUUGAUAUAUUAGAUCGCAAAAGCGAAAGGCAGAAUGAUGUGCAAUUGCUGCAGUGUCCAUCCUGUGGUUGGGAAGAUGUAAGAUCUAACAGAUUGAGUAUAACUGCUAAAAAAACUUAUGAACAAAUAAAACCAUUAGAUAUCGCGGUUCCUUGUCCAGAAUACUCCGAUUUCGCCGAUAAAUCUUAUGAAGGACACAAAGCAGAUCGAUACCGAACAGAUACUAUGUAUCAAGGAAAAUAUAAUAAUAUAAUUCCAUGUCCAAGCUUUCCUAGCAGUUUACCAAGUUAUACCGACUAUCCUGAAGACAUAUUAACAACUCACUGUCCGCAAGGCACUCGCAAUUACAUAAAUCAACAGAUGACACCGAGACCAAUUAUUACGUCCAAAUCAAAAUCCUGUACAAGAGAAAUACAAUUGCCAAGUGAACAAUUAUUUCCAGAAAAACGAACGAAGCAAGUAGGGACUAGUGUCGAACAAUACGAUAAAGGAAUACAAAACACAGUUUGCAUGUCAAAGACGAAAACAGAUGUUAUACGAAAGUGUUAUAGAGAAAUCCAAAGUAAGCCUUUAACAUCUCAGGAAAAGUUGAAGCAAGUAGCAGUAAAUACUGCACAACAGUGUGAUAAGGAAAUUCAGAAUACCAUCUAUGCGAGUCUAAGUAAUUGCCAGGCUUCUCAAAAAUGUUCUUCGACACGAAAAGCAAAGCAAAUUGAUACAAAUACUGUGGAAUGUCCCGCUAACGACAUGCGAAAUACGAUUGGUAUAAAAUUAAAGAGCGUAGGAGGCUCUAUGCCAAAUUUUAUAUUAAUAACUACCGAUAGAAAUAAUUUACCACUGAUACAAAGAGAUUGGAAGGAAUUGGCAACUAAUAAAUGCCAGAAAGACUCUGGUGAUUAUGAUCAGAAAGGAGUGGAGAAAGCUUAUCUUGAGUUAGAUGACAAAAAAUUCGUUGAAAAUGAAGUUUGUAUUAAAGAAACCUGUUCUAGCGACAUAAUGGAGAUUAUCAAAGAGAAUUCUGUAAUAACACAAGUUUUACUUCAAUGCUUGGAAAAAGUUAUGCAAGAAAGAACAAAAAUUUAUUCCGUUACGUCACUCUUAUCGAACAGAGAUAAUGUAAAUUCUAAUUCUUCUGAGAUGAUUGCUUGUGAACAAAUUCUGUCAAAAUAUGCAAAUGAGAAUAUACAUUUUGGCAGUAGUUCUGCUGUUGAAUUAGAAAGCCUAAGUUGUUUAUCGUGUUUGGAAAAACCGGAAGAAGAUAACACCAUAACAAUGUUUAUAAAAACCUGCUUGGAGUUAAUAAAACAUGCUCUUGAAUUGAAUAGCAAGAAUGUGCAAGAGAGCUGUAUAAGAAAAGAAGAUGAGAUAAAUACUUUUAUCGUUUUAAAUAAAAUAAAAGAAUAUGCAGACGAAAUUUUAAAAAUAUAUACACUCGUGGAUUAUUCAAAGAGGCAGUUAUUAAAUAAGUUUUAUUCUAGAUCCAAAUCAAAAAGUGAAUGCCCUCCUUCGAAACGAAACUCUACUGUAAAUUCGGUUCAGACUCAAGAUACAAAGAAGGAUGCUGCUAUAGAUCCAUUUACAGCCUCUUUUGCCAACUCGAAAGAUGUAGAAGUAUUGUAUAGACCUUCCAUAUCGAAAGUUAGAGAUCACAGUCUUUCGAAAAAUGGUGCCACAUACGCAGAAACAAUGACAGAAGAACUUUUUGUCAAGGACAAAGAUAUUACUGCGUGUACAGAGAAUCAUGAUAUCGGCUUGAAUGUGUCAUUGCCGCAGAUAUCACUUCGUGAAUCGGGAACUCAAUAUACUCCGAAGCAAUUACAAGAUACAGGCAUUGUAACCGAUCCCAGUUUCGAGGAAAAGAUAAGUGUCGCCACUCAAAAUCGCGAGCCUAUGUUGAUUCGCGUAAUCAAGUCUAAUAAUAGCGAAGGUAUUCUAAAAUUGGACAAGGAGACAUGCGUACGCGAUGCCCACGUUUUCUGGAUGGCGAACGUCGAUAAAUGCUCAAAAAAUAUGUAUCAUAAAUAUUCAGUUAGAGAAUACGAUAAAUUGUUACACUCUGGCGUUUCUCAUGUACGCGAGAAAGAAGUGAAUUUUAUAGACUACCGUACAUCUUUGUUACCGAAGAGAAUUUAUGGAUACAACAAAAGAUGCAAAAGUUCAUUGCGAGGUUCAUUGCCAUGUAAUCACGACUGGAUUAAAGCAAACCUUAGAUUAUUAUCGAAUCAACGUAUUUCCAAAAUCCCAUUGUACGCGAAAUCACGCAAGUAUACACGGAGAAGGACUGAAUUGUAUAGAAUGUCGCAGUCAUAUGUAUAAGUACAUUUAAUUCAAUAUAAUAAUAUGGUAAAUGAAUGAAAUGAAAACAUAUCAUAGAAAUAAAUCUUAUAGUUCGAUAUAUAAUUUUUUGUCAUGGUAAUCAAAUAAAUUAAAAUUUUUAAUUUAAAUCCUAUUUUUUUAUUACAUGAAAAUGUAUAAUAUUUUCACAGUUAGAAUAUGGGUAUUCCUAAUUGUAAAGGACAUAUCUAUUAACGAGAAUUAAAGAAAACUCUCAUGUGUGUGAUAUACAGUAUCAAUAUUUAAAUUUAAUAAAAUAGUAUAAAAGAGACACUUCUAUUUUUUCAUGUUGUUCAUUUUUAUACUGUUUAUACUGUUAUUGUAUAUCUUUAAUGUCUUAUAUAGGAUUCAUAAAGCAGCAAUACAAUUAUUUAACAAUGACAUUAAUCAGUUCAAUUAUUUGUCCUUAGUACAUUUAUUUCUUUUCUAUGUAAAUAUAUAGAGGAAAGUCCCCUAUUAUGAGAUACCAAGUUCAUUUUGUAUGAUUGCCGGAAGUCUAU